GGAGACACACAGGAAGAACGGUAUCCGAGAUCGAAACACCCGGGAAGCAACACCUGAGUAACACAAGAGUGCAGCCCCUGUUGAUGUCUGAGAGAGAAGUGAAAGAAAAUAAAGGAACUGGAUGCGUGUGUGCGAGAGGGGAGACCAGCUGCUUCAGCGACAACAACUCAAGAGGAAGGAAGGGUAGUGGCGGUCAGGGCGGAGACCCACGGGGUUAAUAACAGAGACUCGUUGAAACCAUGACAAUCGUCUGAGCUGAGAGAGACAUUCGGUAGGGACUAAGCCAGGGAUCUCUGAGCGUGUCAUUGAACUCAGCAGCAACUCAAAGAGGGGAGCUGCCGGAGAAGAAAGAGAUAGAAAAAAAAUGAUUGGGGAAAUCCCGGAAGAGAAAAGAGUGGAGAUUAAUUAAAAACGUAAAUCCGGGAAAGGGAACUUUUGAACAAGCUGACAACUGCACGCAUGAAGGAAGAGAGAGAAUACAUUUCCAAGGUGGAACAGUGCUCACAUUAGAUUCUGUGGCAGUGGACAAUAGCUGAAGAUUGAGUGAGAGGAGCAAAUCAAAAGCAGGACUCUUGGAGAGAGAGAGAGAGACAGUGCUGACCUGGAUUAAUCUCACAAAGCCCUGACCUCAAACGACACGAUACCCAGCACCAGCAAACACCUGUCCGCUUUGUCAUCUCUUUCUGACAUGAGAUGAAGUUCAGGAAUGAACGUAUUUUAACAGUGCUCGUCCUGGGUACAUUUCUUUCUAUGUCCUGGUUCGUCGCCCGGCUGAAUAUGCAAGAAGGUGAUUAUGAAAUGAUUGCGCAUCAACAAGAACUUUUGGAACUGGGUAACAGAAUGCAUAAGGCCGAAAAAGAAAGUCUGAAACAUUCGGAGGAAUUGAAACUUGUCUUGAACAAGAUAAAGCAAAAAAUAGCUGUGGAGAAAAAGACACUGAAUAAUACAUCUAGGAAUUUCUCCAAUUUUUCAGAUCUAAUGAAGAUGAAAGCAUUGAACCUUACCAGAAAGCAUAAUGUUCAACAACCAAAUAUCUUCUAUUACCUUCCUCAUCUGAUGUUGAAUGAAAACAGCCUUCAACCAAAAGUAAUGAUAGGACAGGGCAGGACUGGAGCCUUGCUGGUGAUGGGUGUACCCACAGUAAAGAGAGAAUCACAAACUUACCUGUUGGACACACUGAAUUCCCUUAUUUAUGAGCUGUCUCCAGAGGAAAAGAAAAAAUGUCUAAUAAUUAUAUUCAUUGCUGAGGUGGAAGAAGAUUAUGUAAAUAAGCUGGUAGAAAAUUUACAAAACACGUACUCCAAUGAAAUACAAUCAGGGCUUCUUGAGAUCAUCUCUCCUUCUGCUGAUUUUUAUCCUGACCUCUCAAAUCUGAAGGAAACAUUUGGAGAUACCCAACAGAGAGUAAGGUGGAGAACAAAGCAGAAUUUGGACUACAGUUUUUUAAUGAUGUAUGCUCAAGCCAAAGGAGUAUUCUAUUUACAGUUGGAGGAUGAUAUUAUAGCAACACCCAACUACUUGCAAACUAUGAUGAACUUUGCAGAACAGCAACCUUCAGAUGACUGGCUGACCUUGGAAUUUUCGCAACUUGGAUUUAUUGGAAAGUUGUUCAAAUCUCCUGAUCUGACACUCGUCAUAGAAUUCAUUAUCAUGUUCUACAAGGACAAGCCAAUAGAUUGGUUGCUGGAUCACAUAUUGUGGGUGAAAGUAUGCAAUCCUGAGAAAGAUACUAAACACUGUGACAGACAGAAAGCUAAUUUACGAAUCCGUUACAAACCUUCCCUGUUUCAACAUGUGGGAACUCAUUCUUCAUUAGUUGGGAAACUUCAGCCUCUGAAGGAUAAAGAUUUUAAGAAAGGAUUGUUACACAAAGGACAUACAAAUCCGACUGCCGAAUUGACGUAUAGUUUGAAAAUCUACCAACAACACAGUCUGGAAAAGGCCUACAAAGGGGAUGAUUUCUUCUGGGCAUUUACUCCAAUGGUAGGGGACUUCAUCAAAUUCAGAUUCUAUCAACCACUGAAAAUUGAAAGAUACCUCUUUAGAAGUGGCAAUAUGGAACAUCCAGGAGAUAAGUUUUUCAAUACAACAGUGGAAAUUCUACCAGUUGAUAAAUCUGAAUUUGACAAGAAUGUUUUGCACAACAAUAUAACAAAAUAUCUCAAAUACCAAGAAACAGAAGACGGCUACUACAGAAUAGGUGCAUUUAGAAAUGGAAUUGCAGAAGGUGAAGUUGAUGCAUCGAUCGGAAAAAUUGAGGCCCUUCGACUAUUUGUUCUUUCCGAGUCCCCUGUUUGGGUUUUACUGAGUGAGAUAUUUAUUAAGCCAGCUGCAUAAAUGCAAGCAAGAAAUUCGGCUUCCCAGCAAAAGUGCAACUAUUUCUAGUGCCUCUUCAAUAAGGUUUGCCUGUUGGAUUUCUUCAACAACGACACCACCUAGUGUGGUAAAAUAAAAAGAACAAUUGUUGAAAAUCAACAAGGGACAGAGCUAAUGUAAAAGAUCACAGUGAUGGAAAACUGCAGAUGUGCAAACGUUUGAAUAAUCUUUGAGCAAAACAAUUUAACUGUUUAUUUAUAUAAUAAUUACAUUUUUUUUACUGUCAUCAUGAAAAUGAAUAACAAAAUGCCAUUUUAAUGAAAACUUCAGUGAAGUUGAAUUAUGGUGUUUAUAAAUACAUACUUUGUGUAGAAACAAAAUGUAUGCUUGGUAACUUUAUGUAAUUGGUCCUAGGAUAAAUUAUUUAAAAUUACAUCACAUUAAGUCAAUAUGAUAAUGAUCUCUUCUAAUCACAAGCUAGACUUUAUUUGUUGGGAGGGAGAAAUUUUUUUUAUAUAAGUUUGGUUUAGCUCCUCCUUUCACAAUGCUCUUUUCAACAAAGACAGUAACAUGAUUUGGAUUGUAGCCCUUCGCAAUGACAUUCUAUGUGCUGACAAGGUGUUCCUUGUCUUUUAUAACUUCCAGAAAUAAAGCAUUCCACUGUUACAUAAAA